UACUUUUGCUUCUCACAUAUUCUCACAGGCGGGGAAUAUUCAAUACUCAUCAGUGCUCUGUCAGCAUACGUGUAUUCUAGAAUAUAAAACAAACAUACGACACCCGCCCUAGUACCGACAUUUAAUCCUAAACGCUCUCAUCCAUGGCGCAAGAAUCAACGUUUGAGAUCGCCAUCCCCGACAAAAGCCUUGAAAACUUACGCGCAAAACUCGAACUCACUACUUUCCCGGACGAGCUUGAGGAUGCAGGCUGGAAAUAUGGUGCCCCUCUCGCUGAUAUAAAGCGUCUCGUAGGCAGGUGGAAGGAUGGUUAUGACUGGCGCAAGCAUGAGAAAGCGUUGAAUGACGAGUUGCCCAUGUACACUCGUGACAUCGAGGUUGAAAACCAUGGGGCGCUGAACAUACAUUACGUCCACAAGAAGAGUGAGGUGGUCGAUGCGAUUCCAUUGUUGUUCGUUCACGGGUGGCCGGGGAGCUUCUUGGAAGUCCGCAAAAUACUACCUUUGCUAACAGAAGUCUCUCCCGAGCACCCAAGUUUUCAUGUCGUUGCUAUGAGCUUGCCAGGAUAUGGAUUCUCAGAAGGCCCACGCAAACAAAAUUUUGCAGGGUCUCAAUAUGCCGAGGUAGGAAACAAACUGAUGCUUGCUUUAGGUUACAACGAGUAUGUUACACAGGGUGGUGACUGGGGCUACAUGAUAACUAGAAAGAUAGCUAAUCUCUACGGCGGAAAACACAGCAAGGCAUGGCACACGAACCUUCCUGUCGGCCAGCCACCCCAGUUGCUAAGCUCCCCUCUUUCCUUUUUGGCAAUGCUUGUGAAGCCUUUCACCAGUGCAGAAAAGGCUGGGAUCGAGAGGACCAUGUUGUUCAGACAAAAAGGAUCAGGAUAUUUUGAGGAACAGAGUACUCAACCUCAGACCCUUGGGUACGGGUUGUCAGAUAGUCCGGUCGGCUUACUGGCAUGGAUAUACGAAAAACUUGUCAACUGGACAGACGAAUAUAAAUGGGACGACGAUGAGGUCUUAACGUGGAUAUCAAUUUACUGGUUCUCGCGUGCGGGCCCAGCGGCUUCGGUAAGGAUCUAUUUCGAGGUGAUGCACAACAACGAUAGAAGCAAGGUCAUGCUCUCGGGGCCUGCACCUACUAUUCCGAUGGGUGUGUCGCAUUUUCCCAAGGAACUGGUAGCAUUGCCUAGAGCGUGGAUUCGCUCGACGGGAAAUUUGGUAUAUGAAGGUGAACAUGAUAGCGGUGGUCAUUUUGCUGCACACGAGAAGCCGCAUGAAUUGGUUGGAGACGUCCGUAAGAUGUUUGGGAAGGGAGGCCCUGCUUUUGGAGUGGUUUCAGGAAAAACAGGUUACGCGUAAACCGUUGUCAGGAUCAAAUGCUCGGUUCGAAUCGUGUCAUACGUACAAUUCCUUUUCUUGUUGUUGCAUUACUUCAAGUUCUUACUACAAAUUACUGUCGGUCUGCAAGCUGGCCUG